AUGAAGUUCAACAGUAUCCUUCUGCACAUGCUCAUCUGCUCUUUCUCCAAGAUGGCUAUAGCAAGACAAUGUAAGGCAGCUUCUUACUCCGUUCAAGAUCACGUGCUUAUAAACCACGCCAUCAAGGCCGGGCCUGCAGAGCUGAUUGAACACUGCAUCUCUCGGUGCAUCGAACAUACUGGUUGCCAUAGCAGCAACUUUUAUCGGAUAGGCAAAUGGUGUGAACUGAAUGAUAAAACGCACGCUUCCCACCCUGAAGAUAUGAGACAAGUUCCACUUACAAACUACAUGGAGAAUACUCUCAGACCUCUCACCUGCAACAAAGACUCAGACUGCGGCAAAAAUUUGAUUUGUUCUCUAUCGAAGUGCGAAGGUGAGUUUGGUUACUACUUGAUCCUACUUUGACCUUCCUUGUUACGUAUAAGUAAAAGUAAAGCAAUCAAAUAUAAUUAGCUUCUAAAAGGCUUUUAAACCUGUUUUCUUUUUCUUCCUUUUCACAGUAUGCAGUAUUCAUGCACUUGGGAUGGAAAGUAACGCAUUGCCGAAUUCAGCUAUUACAGCCUCCUCUGUAUGGACGAGGCACCCUGGACACCACCCUUGGCUAGCCCGGCUCAAUAAUGUUCCAAAACAUGGCAACACGGGCUCCUGGUCAACGAAAUUUAACAAAGCCGGCGAGUGGUUACAAGUUGAUCUCGGGGAGGAGAGGCUGCUAACAAACCUCUCCACACAGGGGAGGCCCUCCAAGGACCAAUGGGUGAAGUCCUACAACAUUUUGUUCGGUUCGGACAGCGUCAACUGGGAGUCAUACAAGGAAAAUAAUGCUGUAAAGGUAUGUGAUCGUGAUUUUAUUUCUUAACACGAUUCUAAUACCGGGAUGGUCGAGGCCACAAGCAAAAUCAAUAGGAGAAGAAUGGCUACUUACAGGGUUCUACGAACAAGUAAAAAAUUUCGACUUAGAAAUCUCGCAAACAAGUUUCGUAUUUUCUUGAUCUAGUUGGAAAAUAAUCUAAUAGUACAAUGGUUGUGGUUGCCAUCCACGGCUUGAUCUGAAAAGGUGGAUAUCAGCUGGAAGCUCAGUUACCGUAUUAUCAACAAACUGACGGUAAUAAAAUGAGGGUAUAUAAAUUCAAAUGUUCUGUCCCUUGUUUCACACGGCUUUUCUUGAUUGUUUGGGUUUUAAGAAAAUGCAUCCCCUGCUAAUUAUUUAUCAUAAAUUUUGAACAAUCUACUAGACGCUUCGGGGUUAUUUCUACUACUUUUUUGCCGAUCGGAAUGUGUUAUUAUUUUAAUCUAUUAUUAUCAUUAUUUUUCAGGUUUUCGCUGCAAAUUCUGACCGUCACACCAUCGUGUCACACGCACUAACUCCAAGGUUCCGGGCAAGAUACGUGCGAUUUGUUGCCAUGACGUGGCAUGGCCAUAUAUCCAUGCGAGUUGAACUGUAUGGCUGUACUGCACCAUAA